CAGCCGCGGGGGCGGGAGGGAGCGUUUUCUGGGGAAACAAACCUCGCCUAAGUAAUGGAGCCCAGUGCUUUUUAGAGGCUCGGAACGCACCUCCCCAGCUUCCUCCGAGUUGCCAAGGGGCCGAGCAGGAAAAGCUGCGGGAGGCGGACGGAGAGCGGCUCAGUUCGUGGGUGGGAGGCAGCGCGGGCGGACGCCUGCGGGAGGGACAGCGGAUCCCGGCCGGCGGCCAGUGCGAGGCGGAGAGGACGCCUCGGGCGGGAGCCCGCGCACGCGGAGGCCGGGAGGGAACGAGCCUCGGCGGCAGUCGAAGGGGCGCCGCGCGGACAGCAUGCCUUCAGCCACAGGGUCCGCGGGCAACUCCAGCCUGUUGUGGCCGCUGACCACGGGCGAGGCCAACCGCAGUCGGGAAACGGGGGCGCUCGGGGAAGGCGAAGGUGCGCAGAGAGACGAGCGCGACGAGGAGCUCGCCAAACUGGAGAUCGCCGUGCUGGCCGUGACUUUCGUGGUGGGUGUGCUGGGUAACAGCACCGUGUUGCUGGCGCUGCACCGCACGCCCCGCAAGACGUCCCGCAUGCACCUCUUCAUUCGCCACCUCAGCCUGGCGGACCUGGCCGUCGCUUUCUUCCAGGUGCUGCCGCAGCUGUGCUGGGAAAUCACCUACCGCUUCCGGGGAUCCGACGGGCUGUGCCGCGUGGUGAAGCACCUGCAGGUGUUCGUCAUGUUCGUGUCCGCUUACAUGCUGGUGGUCAUGACCGCCGACCGCUACAUCGCCGUGUGCCACCCGCUGAAGACGCUGCAGCAGCCCGCGCGCCGCUCGCGCGUGAUGAUCGCCGCGGCCUGGGCGCUGAGCUUCGUGCUGAGCACGCCGCAGUACUUCGUCUUCUCCAUGGUCCAGGUGGACAACGUCACCAAGGCCUACGACUGCUGGGCCAACUUCAUCCAGCCCUGGGGGCCCCGCGCCUACGUGACCUGGAUGACGUGCGGCAUCUUCGUGGGGCCGGUGGUCAUUCUCAGCACCUGCUACGGCUUCAUCUGCCACCACAUCUGGCGCAACUUCCGCGGAAAGACCGGGCCGCGCGGAGGCCAGAGUGCCGAGGGCCCCGGCGGCGGCGCCUUCCACAACGGGCUCCUGCUCGAGCCCUGUGUCAGCAGCGUGAAGUCCAUUUCCCGCGCCAAGAUCCGCACGGUGAAGAUGACGUUCGUGAUCGUGACGGCUUACAUCGUCUGCUGGGCGCCCUUCUUCGUCAUCCAGAUGUGGUCUGUCUGGGACGAGAACCUCAGAUGGGUCGAGUCAGAAAACCCGACCAUCACCAUCACUGCGUUACUGGCUUCCUUGAAUAGUUGCUGCAACCCCUGGAUAUACAUGUUUUUUAGUGGCCAUCUCCUACAAGACUUCAUCCGAAGCUUCCCCUGCUGCCAGAACACGAAUCAAGGGUUCAACAAAGAGGACUCAGACAGUACGAGCAGAAGACAGACUUCUUACACUAACAACCGAAGCCCGACAAACAGUAUGAGCACUUGGAAGGACUCGCCUAAAUCUUCCAAGUUCAUCAGAUUCAUUCCUAUUUCAACCUGAGCCCCUCGAUCAUGCAGCUGACUCUUGUAACAGACUUUGGGGCCCAUUGGCUGAAUCCGGCUAGCAGUCAUUAGAACAAAUGAACUACAUGAGAUAAGCAUAAAUCAACUCGUUGGGUACAAGAUUCUGUUUCUUUUCUAUUUGCAUUUUCACAUUGCUAUGACCAAAAGCUAUGAAUUGUUUUCUACGGAAUGGUAAUAAAAAUGCUACACUGAAAUUUUCAGGUCUAAUUCCCAGAAAUAAAUAUGACAAGUUUCUAAAGGGAAAAAUCAUAGCCAUCCUGACUUUAUAUUUUAUUGUUGGUUUCUUUUCUUUUGUUUUCUUUUUAUUUCUGACAUAAGUAAGGUUUGAUUGGUUUAAAAGUCAUAUAAUGUAAGGGUCUUAUUUCUGAACAAAGUGAGCUCAUCUUCAAUCAGUCUUAGUGUUUGAAAGGAAUUAGAAGCGACUUGAAAGAAACUGUCCCCAUCCGGUACAUUCAACUUACAUACAUCAGAAAAUGCUGCCUCAAACGGUGGCCUAAACAAGGGAUGGUGCCCUGGAAAGGCAUGAGUGCUAGAGGCGUAUAUGAGCAGGUGGUAUCUGGUUCAGAGGGGAAAGAAGAAAGUUCUGUUAGAAGCUAUAAAUCACCUAGAUUUCAAAACAGGAACUUCAGAACUGGCAGUUCCCUCUUUUAGGUUCCUGAUGUUUUAUCAGUUGUGAAAAGCCAAUGGACUAAGAUGCUUCAGGCUAGGGAAAAAAGUGUCGAUUCACUGAUAUUUUCUUUUUUCUCCUACUGCAAGAUCGUUUUAAAGUCAGAUUUGUAUCAGGAAUACUCGGUUUUAUGAGAAGAGUAGAAGCAGAGUGUCCAAGGUGCUAUGCAGACGGUCCCUGGAACGUCAUAAAAGUGUCUUGACCAAUGUGGAACUACAACAUUGUGCUAUAUUGGACAGCACCCUUUAACAAAAAGUUGUGCUGGAUGUUAACAGGCUCAUUGCUUCCUGUUCAGGGAAUCCAGACUCAUAAGACAGUCUGCUAAAAAGUGGCUCAGGAUACACUAUGUCGCCUCACAUUUAAUUAAAAAUAGCUUGGGCUUCCCUUUGGUCUCCCACCCAUCCAACAGUGUCAGCAGCAGAGAGGCAGGGUUUCGAACUUGAUGCCAUGGAGAUGGAGAGAGAACUGCUCUGCACCUCAUCUGGCUACCUUUGUUACGAAAUGCAGGACUUCAGGCAAAUCACUUAAACAUACAAGAAACUUCUAUUUCCUCGGCUGUACAAGGGAGUUGAUAACACUGCCUCCCAAGAUUAUUGUGAGGACUACAUGAAACCAAGUGUGUGAAAGACCUUCAUAAAUAAACUGCCAAGUGCUAUACAAAUGA